CUAUAAAAAAAUGUAGAUAUCUCAAUACACGUGACAUUAUCGCAUGGUAGGGCAGAAACAGCAGAUGUAAGUACCACGAUCAGCGGAUAGAAGGCAAUUUUUACUUUUAUUUAGUUAAAUAAUAUUUUAAUCACAGUGUAAGUGAGCGUUACGUGGCAACCUAAACCUAAGCGCCGUGAUUGGUUCAGAGAGAGUCGGCUGAUUUGAGCCGCGAGUGUUAAGGACAACUUAGGUGCUCUAUUGUUUCCGGUUAAACGCAGCGUCAUAGUUAACUUGUUGCUCGAAAACACAGGACGUAUCUCUGCGCACCGCUAAUCUUUUGUACUUUAUUUCAAUAAAUAAUAAUAGUUAUCGUUACUCAGUAAUUGCACUACCUGUACCCCGUACCCGGUUAAUACUUAAAGUACUUCAUCAUGAGUGAACCAACUGCAGAUAUUGCUCUGAUAGGACUGGCGGUAAUGGGCCAGAAUUUGAUAUUAAAUAUGAAUGACCAUGGAUUUGUAGUAUGCGCAUACAAUCGAACAACAGACAAAGUAAAGACUUUCCUUGAGAAUGAAGCCAAGGGAACAAAAAUAAUUGGAGCAUUUAGCCUAGAGGAAAUGGUCAGCAAGCUAAAGAAGCCUAGACGUGUAAUGUUGCUGGUAAAAGCUGGCUCUGCUGUUGAUGCAUUCAUCGAAAAAUUAAUCCCGUUGCUGUCAGCUGGAGACAUCAUCAUUGACGGAGGAAAUUCCGAUUACCGAGACACUGAGCGCCGUACGAUAGAUUUGGAGAAACGCGGGCUCUACUACGUAGGCAGCGGAGUCAGCGGAGGAGAAGAAGGCGCCAGGUACGGACCAUCGUUGAUGCCGGGUGGCAACCCGAAAGCCUGGCCGCAUAUUAAGCCCAUUUUCCAGGCGAUUUGCGCCAAGGCUGACGGAGAGCCCUGCUGCGACUGGGUCGGCGAGACCGGGGCUGGACACUUUGUCAAAAUGGUCCACAACGGUAUCGAGUACGGAGAUAUGCAGCUCAUCUGCGAAGCUUAUCAUAUCAUGAGAGACGCUCUGCGCAUGAAUCCAGAAGAAAUGGCCAGUGUGUUUGAUGAGUGGAACAGAGGCAAGUUGGACUCCUUCCUUAUUGAGAUCACUCGGGACAUCUUGAAGUUCAAAGAUGACAAAGGGUUCUUGUUGGAGAGGAUCCGGGACACUGCUGGGCAAAAAGGAACCGGGAAGUUAACUGUCAAUGCUGCUCUGGAGUAUGGAGUCCCGGUUACGCUUAUUGCCGAGUCUGUUUUCGGGAGAUUCAUUUCUGCUUUGCAGACCGAAAGAAUCGAAGCUAGUGGUGUUCUUGGUGGACUCUUGGAUGUUUACAAGGGCGACAGGAAAGAGUUUUUGAAGGACUUGGGGAAGGCUUUGUAUGCUUCCAAAAUUAUUUCGUAUGCUCAAGGGUUCAUGUUGAUGCGAGAAGCUGCUAAGGUUAAUAACUGGAACUUGAAUUACGGAGGGAUUGCUUUGAUGUGGAGAGGUGGCUGUAUUAUUAGAAGUGCCUUCCUGGGAAAUAUCAAAGAAGCUUUUGACAAAAAUCCAAAGCUCUCGAGUUUACUAAUGGACGACUUCUUCGCCCGAGCGAUGAAGGAGUGUCACAUGAGCUUGAGAAAAAUAGUCUCGGUAAUUGUGAUGAUUGGGAUUCCAAUGCCGGCGCUUUCAAACGCAAUUGCGUUCUAUGACUCAUACCGAGCUGGAAAAUUACCCGCUAAUUUACUCCAAGCUCUUAGGGAUUACUUCGGAGCUCACACUUACGAGCUGAUUGGACAGGAGGGAGUUUUCGUCCACACCAACUGGACAGGCCGUGGUGGAAAUGUCUCCGCUACAACUUACGACGCGUAAUUAAUAUUUUUCAAUUAUUUUCCUCCAAGCGACAGUACAAUAUACAUGAUGUUACUUGAAGAUUGUUGAGGUCAGUCAUUAACUGAACUUGUAAAUAAACAAUACUUUAUUUUAAGAUUACUAUUAAAUAGUGUUAUAAACAUAUUUUCAAUGUAUUAAAUAUUUUUGGUAAUAAAUUUUAAUAUAUAAGGGAA